CUCCUCACUCGCACAGUCAAGCAAGACUCGCUUGGGAGCUUUGUACAAACGCGAGAUGCCAGCAAGCGUGCUGAUGCCUCUGCUCCAUUCUUGAACGUCUCGACCCGCGUGCGCUUUCUGGCAUUGCGCCGGUGAGCAGCGCGCUCAGGGGGCUCAAAGUGCGCAGCUUCAACUCGGCUUUCCACCCUGACUUCACAAGCACAGGGCGUCCCUCACGAUGAACGGCACCUCGACUCACCACAUCGGCGCUGUCGCAGCGUAUGCUGCAUCAGCUUCGUCCCGUGCUGCUGGCGUCCACGGCGUCUCCGCUUCCGGGUCAAAGAAGUCUGCAAGCGAGGGCACUGACAAACACCCUCCGGCAGGAUACGUCACCAUAAGCAAGAAUCUACUCGCUUCUCUGCGUCCGACAAAGGUCUUCAGACCAGCGCAACCUGCCGCAUCGUCCAAGCAUGACGCUACAACAGAGCAAGUGGGUAGCUUAAAGCAGACCGACCAGUCGAAGCUGCCGCACAUUACCAGCAUGUGCUUCGAUGAUCGAGGAGAGCAUCUGGUCACAGCGGCGGAGAACGAGACAUUUCAGGUGUACGAUUGUCGGAAGGGCAAGAGCACUCGGACACUCUACUCCAAAAAGUACGGAGUACAUCUGGCGCGUUUCACACACACCAACUCUGCCAUCAUCCAUGCUAGUACUAAGGAAGAUGACACCAUUAGGCAGCAUUCGCUUGAAAAGAACACAUAUCUUCAAUAUCACAGAGGUCACAAGGCCAAGGUCACCACACUCCAGAUGUCGCCGUUGGACGAAACCUUCCUCAGCGGCGCUGUGGAUGAGUCUGUGCGGCUUUGGGAUCUCAGAUCUUCUCACACUCAGGGUCUGAUGCGAGUGAAAGGUCACCCGAUUGUAGCGUACGACUCCACAGGUCUGGUUUUCGCCCUUACCAUCAGCGAAAGGGCGCUCGUUCUGCUCUACGACGUGCGCUCAUUCCACCUAACGCCUUUUCUGAGCAUUGCGCUUCCAGAAAGGACUGUGCCCACUGCAUUGGCCUUCAGUCCGAGCGGGACUUCGGGCUCUGACGGCUCGUUGCUGCUCGUUGGAACAGCCAACGAUACACUCUACAUCCUAGACACUCGUGCAGGGGUCUUGCGAUUUCGUCUGUUAGGUCAUCAAGGCUUGCAAGAUGCUGCAGGAGGCUUGGGCGCGACCGAAGCGGUCCAAGAAGCGGGGAUAUCGGGUCAAGAGUUCAGUUGGUCCGCGGAUGGCGCUUUCAUUGUUGCAGGUGAGGGUCACCCUUUCCGCGCUCCGGUGGUGUGACGCUUGUGAUCCUCACAAUCACCUUUUGCUGCGCUGACAGGCACCUCGAGCGGAGAUGUGCUUUACUGGGCCAUCCCAGCUUCCACUCAGGCAUCCCUCGCUGAACCCAUCGACAUCCAUCCUUUCAAAAGCUCACACCGU